AUGGGAGAACUAGCUCAUCACCAUCCCCAGGAACUGCAACUCCACAUGGCGGAUGAUCAAGAAGCGAAAGAAGAGAACUCACCCCACCCUAGAAGCAUCAUCCCCAAUAGUCAAGCAACAAUAACCCCUAAAUCUAAGAACUUCAGGUGGUGGAUUAGAGUGGUAUUUUACUCGCUCUUUGUGCUCUCUGGUCAAUCCGUGGCCACACUUCUUGGGACGCUCUACUACAAUAAAGGAGGCAACAGCAAGUGGCUUGCCACGCUUGUACAGCUUUCAGGCUUCCCAAUCCUUUUCCUUCUCUAUAUUGUACCCACAACCAAAAAACCAAGUGACCCUAAUAACACCGACAUCCAAACAGAUGCACAAGCUCAAUCCCAAUCACAAUCACCCUCUCUCAAGAGACUUGCCCUUGUAUACCUUGGCCUAGGUACAAUUGUGUCCCUAGAUUGCUAUUUGUUCUCACUUGGCCUCUUAUACCUCCCUGUCUCCACCUAUUCCCUCAUUUGCUCAUCUCAAUUGGCCUUCAAUGCCCUCUUCUCUUUCUUCCUAAAUGCCCAAAAGUUCACCCCCUACACCACCAACUCCCUAGUCCUCCUCACAAUCUCCUCAACCCUGCUUGUGUUCCAAUCAAAUUCAGAUGGCCCCAAGGGGAUCUCUAGAGGGAAAUAUGCUCUUGGGUUUGUGUGCACCAUUGCAGCAUCGGCUGGUUAUGGGCUUCUCCUAUCCUUAGACCAACUUUGCUUCAGGAGGGUUAUGAGGCAUCACACGCUUAGAGUAGUUUUAAACAUGAUUGUGUACCCAUCUUUGGUGGCCAAUGUGAUUAUUGUGGUGGGGUUGUUUGGGAGUGGUGAGUGGAAGCAUUUGAGUAGAGAGAUGGAUGGGUAUGAGCUUGGUAAAGAAAGUUAUGUGAUGACCUUGGUCGGGACAGCAAUUGCUUGGCAAGUGUUCUCUAUCGGCACAAUCGGAUUGAUAAUCGACAUGUCGUCUUUGUUCUCGAACUCCAUUAGCGUGGUGGGGUUGCCGAUUGUGCCCAUUUUCGCAGUCGUGUUCUUUGGGGAGAAGAUGGAUGGGGUCAAGGUCAUGGCUAUGGUAUUGGCCAUUUGGGGGUUCGUCUCUUAUGCGUACCAAUAUUAUUUGGAUGAUGCCAAGUUGAAGGCUCAAAGGAGGAGUAUUGGUGGGGAUAGGGUUAGUGUGAAAUCGGCACAAAAUGCGCCAAUUGCAAGAACUGGUGAAUGAUUGAAGAUGGCGGAAUGUUUUAGUUUGUGUUUAGCUAAGUAGUAGAGACAGGUAAUUUCUUGCUGUAAACACUUGGUGGAAAAAAAAAACAAGGAACAGAGUAGAAUAUUGAAUAUGUUGCUAAUAUUUGUGUUUUUUUUCCUCUGUGUUUUGAUUACAAGAAAGGGCAUCUUGUCUUCAGU